CUUUGGCUCUGAUCGGCGGAAUUAUUUGUGUUAAGGUGGAGAGUGGUUUGUGAAGACAACAGGCAGAGUGAUGUGAAAACUUUACGUUUCGCACUAAAAGACCACAAUGGCACACAUCUCAAUAAACCAGUACCUUCAGCAGGUGCUGGAGGCUAUUGACUCGCGGGAUGGCUCAUUCUGUGCAGAAUUACUGUCAUUUAAACACCCUCAUGUUGCCAACCCACGUCUGCAGCUCCCAAGCCCAGAGGAAAAAUGUCAGCAGGUGCUGGAGCCUCCAUAUGAUGAGAUGGUUGCUGCACACUUAAGGUGCACUUAUGCAGUGUCCAAUCAUGACUUUGUGGAAGCUUACAAAUGCCAGACUGUGGUAGUUCAAUCAUUCUUGAGAGCUUUUCAAGCACACAAAGAAGAGAACUGGGCCUUACCCAUGAUGUUUGCUGUAACCCUCGACCUGCGGAUAUUUGCCAACAAUGCAGAACAGCAGCUACAGAAGAAAGGAAAAGGAAAGGUGGGCGACAUGUUGGAGAAAGCUGCAGAACAGCUCAUGAGCUGCUUCCGAGUGUGUGCCAGCGACAAUCGUGCUGGCAUUGAUGACUCCAAGAAGUGGGGCAUGCUCUUUCUCAUCAACCAGCUCUUCAAGAUCUAUUUUAAGAUCAAUAAACUCCACCUGUGUAAGCCCCUCAUCAGGGCCAUCGACAGCUCCAACUUGAAGGAUGAGUACAGCAUGGCUCAAAGGGUCACGUACAAAUACUACGUCGGGCGAAAGGCCAUGUUUGACAGCGACUUCAAACCAGCGGAGGAGUACCUGUCCUUCUCCUUCCAGCACUGCCAUCGCUCCUGCCAAAGGAACAAACGCCUCAUCCUCAUCUACCUGCUGCCUGUGAAGAUGCUGCUGGGUCACAUGCCAACCCACCAGUUACUGAGGAAAUAUGACCUCAUGCAGUUUGCUGAUGUCACCAAGGCUGUGAGCGAGGGAAAUCUUCUGCUCUUGAACGAGGCGCUUGCAAAGCACGAGACCUUCUUCAUUCGCUGUGGGAUUUUCCUCAUCCUGGAGAAGCUGAAGAUCAUCACCUACAGGAACCUCUUUAAGAAAGUGUACCUCCUGCUGAAGACACACCAGCUGCCUUUGGAUGCCUUCCUGGUAGCUCUGAAGAUGAUGCAGGUGGAGGAAGUGGACACCGAUGAAGUGCAGUGCAUUCUCGCCAACCUCAUAUACAUGGGUCACAUCAAAGGCUACAUCUCCCACCAGCACCAGAAGUUGGUUGUCAGCAAACAGAACCCCUUCCCUCCUCUGUCGUCUGUGUCCUAAACUACAACUCCCAGAAUCCUGUAAAGUCUGCUACGUUUUAAACUCCAUGUCCCAUAAUACCCUGCAGCCUCCCUCAGCCUAUACAGCUGAAUCAGUGGUUAAUUGGACCCACUGCUCUACAGUGUUUCUCUUUGAUUCCAGCAUUUAAGAUCUUUGUCGACAAAUUUGACAAAACUAAACUUCUUUGUUUUCUCUUUUUUUGUAUUGUUUAUGCGAAAUAAACACAAGACUGGUUUGUA